UUUCACCACGUCGUUUAACCCCCUCCCUCCGUCACCUCACACCUUCAAGAUCCAAAAUUAGGGCUCGUGACCUCUCCUUCCCCUUCCGCGUUACAACUCUGUCACUAACCCAACUCGCGUCGAGCUCCAUGAGUCAGUUCACCACAGAUUCAGAACCCAAUCCACAAAACGAAGAAAAGAAAGCAGAGAACUCAGAUGAGGUGUUGGUGCAGUAUGUGGUGUUAAGGAGAGACCUAAUAGACACGUGGCCGAUGGGGAGUGUGGUGACACAGGGAUGCCAUGCCUCUGUUUCGGUCAUUUGGUCACACAAGGAGGAUCCUCAUACUCUUCAGUAUUGUAGCCCUGAAAAUAUCGAUUCUAUGCAUAAGGUUACUCUGGAGGUGAAAGGAGAACCUCAAAUCUUGAACUUGUCAGAGAAGCUCAAAGCUGGAGGUAUUGCUCAUAAACUCUGGAUUGAACAGCCAGAAAACAUUCCUACUUGUCUUGCUACGAAGCCUUAUCCUAAAUCUGUAGUGGCAUUGUUUUUUAAAAAGUUGAAACUUUGCAAGUGAUGUAUUUUGGAUAUUACUGAUUCAUAAACAAUUUUGCAUUUUCUUCCCUGCUUGCUAACAAUUAUGAAUUAGCUGCAAAA